AUGAUAAGAUACACCUCCAUGAGCCAGACCUUGGCGCAGAUCGGUCGGCGGAUUUGUUCCACGAUGGUCGAUCAAUCAGCCGCGAGAUCUUGGAUCUCUUGCCCCAGUAUGGCUUGCAGCACUGCCCCCCGCUCCACCACCACCUCAUUGUCAUUUGUUCCUCGAGCUUGUCAUUUGUAUGAUUCCCAGUCGUUUUGCCGCGCUGGGCGGCAGCGCGUGUACAGCGGCCGCUGCACUGGCGUGGAUGCUUGCUCCAGCCACGCGUGUACAGCAGUGCUCUGGUUACGGGAGCCGUCGAAUGCAUCAUGGUCGUGA